AUGUUUUACAGCAGAUCAAAUCCAAAAUUGUCAGAUUAUUAGAAUAAAUUAAAUACAUCAUCUUAUUCAAGUAAAUCACGUGGAUCUUUUAAGGAAAUUUCUCCUGAAACUAGAAGUAACGGGUUCAUCAAAUAAACUAGACAUUACUCCCAACAAUUUAAAUAGACCAUUAACUGCUCGUAAUGAAUACACGAAUCCAUCAAAGGUGAAGUAAUUACUAAACAAUUUGAUACAACCUGAUUAAAAAAAGACUUCAACAUAAUUUUUUGGAUAAAACGUAAUUCAAAAAAAAUAAAUUGAUAGCACAUCAAGCAGAUGUGAUAGUUUAUGUAAGUUAUAAUAUGAAAAUCAUUAGUCUCAAGCAGAAUUUCUAAUUUUGGAAAAUAGAAUGCAAAGUCACCUUAAAAUAAUGAAACCUUUUUAAAAUCUGGUUUCAUAGUUACAGAGACUGAUUAAGAAAGAAAGCCAUAUCAGAAUUUGUACUAUAUAUCAAAUAAACAAAACGAAUCCAAUUCAUCAUAGCAGAUUACCAAUAAAAACUAAAAAUUGUUAACCAUUUCCUAAAUUGCUCAAUAAUGCAAAAAAAACAGCAAAACUCCAAAAAGGCAAAAUACUAUUAAUAAUGAAAAUAUCAACAACUUAAACAAUAUAAAUAGCAAUUCUAAAAAUAAGUAAUAAAAUAAACAAAUUGCUUAAGUUGGAAAUAUUAAAAAAAAGUAUUUUUAUAAUUAAUCUUAGCACAACAACAUAUGCGGACACUUUUAAUAUUUUAAAGCAGAAGUUUGAUAAUAAUAAUAAUAUCCAAUCAAAUCAGACUAAAACUAUUACAUAAGGAAAGAAGUAAAACGAAAAAUCAAUACCAAUCAAAUCUAAUACUAAAUGUUCAACUUUUUAAAAGAUUGAUGAUGUCACUUAAUAAAGUAUAUACAAGUCACUUUUGUAAAAGGAGCAGAUUUGGAAUGAUAUAAUCAUUUUAAUAGAUAAUCCUAAUCAAUUUACUUUAGCAACUAAAUGUACUUAAUUAUAAAAGUUAAUUCGAUUGAUCAGUGAAAAACAUCAUGUAUUAAUUAUAGCAAUAUUGUUAGAGUGAAUAUUUAUUUCGAAUAGAAUCUCAAAUACUUGAAAUAUUUUUGUAUGAAUCUUUUGCAUGUUAUCUUAUAGUUAGUGAUUAUUUACAAGAUCAAACUAAUGAAGAUCACAACAUGAAGAAUUUGAUAUAGUAUAUAAUUAGUAGCAAUCUCUAUGUGCUUUAAGUGUUGGAAGAUGUAACAAUUAAUCCAUUAAAUUUAAAUUUAUUGAAACAAAGAAUAGAUUUGAGAGUAUUUAAUGUGCGUAAAGUUUGUCCAAAAGGAAGACAGGCCUUACAAAAGAACAAUUUUAUCAUCAAGUCUAUUUUGAGUUUAAUGUACUUUAUCUAAUCAAUAUAAAAGUCCAAAAGGAUUGACGAAAUAACACGCCCAGAAGUUUUUAUGAUUCUAUCUCGAAUAACCACCACUCCAGAUUAAUACACAUUACAAUAGAAGAAAAUAAAUUCAAUGAUCGAGUAAAUUAUGCCUCUUGAUUUGGAAAGAGCUUUGUCUGCUUCAAAUAAAGAGUACACUCUAGUUUUAGAUUUGGAUGAAACUUUAGUUCAUUAUUAAGAAGUAAGUCUAGAUAGUAUUUGAAAGUUUCCAAAAGGAGGAGGACAAUUUCUAGUGAGACCUUUUGUGGAAGAAUUCUUAGAAUAGUUGUCCAAAUACUAUGAGAUAAUUAUAUUCACGGCUGCACUUCCAGAUUAUGCUAAUUUCAUCAUCGAUAUUAUUGAUAAAAAGGGAUUCGUCAAAUAAAGAUUAUACAGAGAUAAAACUAUUUUCAAGGACUAAGUUUACAUAAAGGUAUUCACUUGAUUUAAAAGUAAUAGGACCUUUCGAUUCUAAAUAGAAGUUUAUCCAAAAUUAUAAUUGUUGAUAAUAUGCCUGAGAAUUUUUAAUUGCAACCAGAAAAUGGAAUUUAUAUUCAAAGUUGGUUCGGAGAUACUUAAGAUAGAGCAUUAAAGGAUUUAUAACCUUUGCUAGAACGUAUUACUUUAAUAAAUCACUUUUAGAAAUAGCAAUAAAAAAAUGCAAAGAUAUAAGAGUAGCAUUGAAUUAAUUCAGAGAACAAAUGAUUGAAAGGGUCUAAAUGGGAAUUAAAAAUCCAUAUUAAUACCUUUAAUUAAAUUGA